CGGGCUCAUUCGUGUUGAAAAACCGGGAUGGGGUGGGGGCAGGACACCAACCGCUUCACCAAUGAAGCCCGCUCCCCGCCGUCCUCCUCGCCCCCUCCCUCUCCGCGCCUUCCUUGCCCCUCCUCCUCUAAGUCACCGCCGUCCAGUUUCCCCGCCCCACCCUUGCCACCCCCGACCCCAAGACUGGCCAACGGCUCCCUAACCCCGGGCUCGCAGGCCGAUGACCCUAGGAGACAGGGGCCUCGAGGGGCCUCAAACUAGCGCGCCGCGGGCUGAGCCCGAGAGGCCGGGCUGGGGGGAGGGAGGCCCGGAGGGAGGGAGCGAAGGAAGGAGGAGGGCUGGCGAGCUGGAGCCGGCAGGCGGCGGGAGCCCGGGCGAGCCUCGUCGGGAGUGCGUCUCCUCAGCAGAGCAGUACACAGCCAGAGCUUGUCCAGGUGACUGAGCUCCACCCCUGUGCACCAAGACACCCACCCCCACUGGUCAAGCCUCACUGGACAAAGAGUCCCGGAAGUCCCAGCAUGAGAUUCAGAGCUCCCCAGCCAGCUUCAUAGAUGGGGGAGCAGCCUGCUUGCCUCCCCGGUCAAUUACAGGGAUAAUUAAGAAAGAGCCCCACCCAAUAUGGAGGCUGAGGACUACCACCUCUAUUGAUUCUCUGCCUUCUGCCCUGCCCUGCCCACCUGACCUUAGCUGGUCAAUGCUAUGCUGAGAAGGAAGGAAGACUUGGGGUCAGCUUGCCUGGCUACAGGGCAAGGAUCGUGGGCAUCAUGGGGGUUUGCGUGAGCGGGGCUCCAGGGUGAGACCUAGCCCCCGCCCCCAGGAAUUCAAGGGGGUGGGGGUGGGGCCAAGGAUAGAAUGGCUCGGGGUGGGUUGGGGGCAGAAGAGGCCUCCCUACGCUCAAACGCAUUGUCCUGGCUGGCCUGCGGGCUGCUGGCCCUGCUGGCCAACGCCUGGAUCAUCCUCAGCAUCUCGGCCAAACAGCAGAAGCACAAGCCGCUGGAGCUGCUGCUCUGCUUCCUGGCGGGCACACAUAUACUCAUGGCCGCUGUGCCCCUUACCACCUUUGCUGUGGUACAGCUCCGGCGCCAGGCCUCCUCUGACUAUGACUGGAACGAGAGCAUCUGCAAGGUCUUUGUGUCCACCUACUACACGCUGGCCCUGGCCACCUGCUUCACGGUCGCCUCGCUCUCCUACCACCGCAUGUGGAUGGUGCGCUGGCCCGUUAACUACCGCCUCAGCAACGCCAAGAAGCAGGCACUGCACGCCGUCAUGGGCAUCUGGAUGGUCAGCUUUAUCCUGUCCACGCUGCCCUCCAUCGGCUGGCACAACAACGGGGAGCGCUACUACGCCCGAGGCUGCCAGUUCAUAGUCUCCAAGAUUGGCCUGGGCUUUGGUGUCUGCUUCAGCCUCCUGCUCCUUGGGGGCAUUGUCAUGGGGUUGGUCUGUGUGGCCAUCACGUUCUAUCAGACACUGUGGGCCCGGCCCCGGAGGGCUCGGCAGGCCCGGAGAGCGGGGGGCAGCGUGGGAGCCAAGGCAGGUGGGCUGGGGGGCUUGGGUACCCGGCCAGCUUUUGAGGUGCCAGCCAUCGUGGUGGAGGACACCCGAGGGAAGCGGCGGUCCUCGCUGGAUGGCUCUGAAUCUGCCAAGACAUCCUUGCAGGUCACCAACUUGGUCAGCGCCAUCGUCUUUCUCUAUGACUCGCUCACGGGGGUGCCCAUCUUGGUGGUGAGCUUCUUCUCCUUGAAGUCAGACUCAGCCCCGCCAUGGAUGGUGCUGGCUGUGCUGUGGUGCUCCAUGGCACAGACGUUGCUCCUGCCCUCCUUCAUCUGGUCCUGUGAGCGCUACCGUGCAGAUGUGCGCACAGUGUGGGAGCAGUGUGUGGCCAUCAUGUCCGAGGAUGACGGUGAUGACGAUGGCGCCUGUGAUGACUACACAGAUGGCCGAGUGUGCAAAAUUCGCUUUGAUGCUAAUGGAGCCACAGGGUCAGGGAGUCGGGACCCCACCCAGGUGAAACUGCUGCCGGGCCGGCACAUGCUCUUCCCGCCCCUUGAGCGAGUACACUAUUUACAGGUUCCUUUGUCCCGCCGGUUAUCCCACGAUGAGACCAACAUCUUUUCUACUCCCCGGGCACCAGGCUCCUUCCUGCACAAGUGGUCAUCGUCUGAUGAUAUCCGGAUCCUCCCAGCCCAGAGCAGAGCCCUUGGAGGUCCUCCAGAAUACCCGGGACAGAGACUCAGGAUGGAGGAUGAGGAGGACGAGGAAGAGGCUGAAGGUGGGGGCUUAGCCAGCCUUCGCCAGUUUCUAGAAAGUGGGGUUCUGGGGUCAGGUGGGGGACCCCCACGAGGUCCUGGUUUUUUCCGGGAGGAGAUCACCACCUUCAUCGAUGAGACACCUCUGCCUUCUCCAACUGCAUCACCAGGACCCUCUCCUCGUAGGCCUAGGCCGCUGGGCUUUUCACCUCGACGACUCUCCCUUGGGUCUCCUGAGAGCCGAGCUGUUGGACUUCCUUUGGGGUUAAGUGCAGGAAGACGCUGUUCCCUGACAGGGAGUGAAGGGAGUUCAAGGGCUUGGGGAAGACCCUGGGGGCCAGGCAACCCCAUCUUCCCCCAGUUGACCCUGUAAGGCCAUGGGUGAGUGAGUUUGCCUCAUUCUGGCCCUGAGUCUAUGGCAGCUGCCUCCAGGGAGAUGGGGGGCUACAUCUGGGCUCUAGAGCCCCAGCUCUCUCCCAUCCAAGUGACCAGAUACCCAACUCACCCGUCUUCACCCUUAGCAAAAUGUAUUAAAAGGCUGAAGUGUUGCCGUGGAAACCUUGGUGUUCAGCGACUGCGGUGGCAAAUGGGUCAGUGGCUUGGGCGAGGGAGAAUGGCUCACAGAGGACAAAAUGGAGAAAGGGCAGGAGGAAGAGAUACAGAAAGAGACAGCCCAACAUGCAGGCAGGAGAAAUGGGCUUAGGAGAGACUGAUCCUGAGGUGGAGCAUGGGGCACUUGAGUGUGUUAGUUUGAAGUGGGAAGGAUCCUUGUUCAAAUUAGUAAAGGCGCUCAAUCCUCA